GAAAAACACAGCCUGGGCACGCUACUUACCUUGCUACCUUCUUCCCGCUCAACACGGUACCUCCUACGAUGGAUUUUGCACAUCCCUCAUCUCCUAGCGGCUCAUGGAUCCAUCUAUGCAAUGUCGUAGAAUAUAGCGGCAUUUUCGAUUCUGAAUAUCGCCAGCCCCACUUACGGUGCAUGAAAAACACACGUGUUGCCCUUCUGAAGAGCAUAACACAAGUCCUUGACCAACGUGAUCGGACGAACAUUUGGCUCAACGGUCUCGCCGGUGUUGGAAAAACGUCUAUCGCGUUCACCAUAGCUGAGGAGAUGAAAGAAGCGGAGAGGCUUGCUGCCACUUUCUUCUUCUCACACAAACAUGCACAAAAAGCUGUCGCCAUCAUUCCUACCAUCGCAUACCAGCUGGCACUGGCUUUCCCGCGCAUUCGAGAGGAUAUUAUGAAAGCGAUCGAGAACGACGACAGUCUCCUAUCACCUGGAAAAUCUCACGCGGAUCAGAUGCGAGAGCUCGUCAUAAAGCCACUCAAGAUAUUGAGAUUCCGCGAACAGCCUUAUACUAUCAUUAUCGAUGCUCUCGACGAAUGUUUCUCCUCUGAAGAAGCGGCAAGGCUGGUCACACUGUUGACAGACGCUCUCGCAGGUCCAGACCUGCCAUUCAUCCACGUAAUAUUCACAAGCCGCCCUGAGGCGCAUAUCCGCGCUGCCAUACCCUCCGGUGUCCACGAGAUUCGCCUUACCACUCGUGAUGAAGACACCAUACAGGAUGUCCGUUACUUUCUGCGAGCAUCACUGGACGAAACACGGACAAGUCGUCCUACUGUUUUCGGUCAGCCUCCCUUCCCCUGGCCAUCGGAGGAUGAAUUCGAGACGUUGGUCUUUAAGGCAGGCGGUCUGUUUGUUUACGCUGCCAUGGCCAUGAAUUUCACAUCCUCCGUUGGCCAUCAUCCACAGGAGAGACUAGAACUCUUACUACGUGAGAAGUCGACUGUCGGUGCUGACAUCGAUCAGCUUUAUCGGCAGAUCAUUGCAACCUCGGAGGAUCCACUCACGCACUGCCGGAUGUUGGCGUCUAUCAUUCAUCUGAGGAGACCGUUGAAACUCGCAGAACUCCAAGAACUCUUUUACGCAGAUAAAAGGAGCUUGGUUAUGAUGCUUGAAGCAUUUUCACCCGUCAUCUUGAAUGAUGGGGUCGAAAAUGUCGAAAUUUAUCACGCAUCACUCCGCGACUUUAUGAGCGACCCUCUACGCUCGAAGCAAUAUCACGUAGAUGCUGCACACACUGAUGAGCACCUUGCAUGCUGCUGCCUUGAUUUCAUUACACGUCAGGAUUCCAAUCGGACUCGUGCCAUUCUAGUGUCGCCAUCGUCUUAUCCAUAUCCAUAUCAGAUGUGGCAUAUCCAUCUUUAUCCUGCCUAUCCUAGCAGCAAACUUCGAAAACUGCUGGCCCUGUUUACAGACACAACUCUGCGAGAUUGGCUAAAGAUACCAAACCCUAAGGACUCCAACUUUACACACAGUGUCCGGGACGCAAGGAGCUGUUGUUUAUCCUUGAAAUGGAUCAGGGGUCCGUCAGACAUUGUGGUUGCAUGGCGUCUUCAUAAAGCUGAGAAGGAGUUUGCAAAGCUAGCCGACACUAUGUAACUUAGUCAAGACUGUUGUCCGCUUACUUACUUGGGACGACCUUGUUGGCUUCUUUCCACUCUAUGACCACAACUAUCUUUACCAGUUCUCAGACUCGUUAUGUAGAAGUUGUUAUUGUGUUGAUUAAUUAUUUGAAUUCAUUUGUUUUUGUGCUA